AUAUUCGUCUCGUCUCGUACAAAAACUAAUAUGUUUCCUAAUCGUUCUAUCCAUUAAUCCUCUCUCGUCCACUUAUGUACCGGGUACGGAAUUUGCGCCCGAAUUUAAUUCAUUGAAACAAAUAUCAGUUAUUGACAGUUUUAUUCACGAUGAGGACUACAAAAAGGUGUUAUUCGAAGUGCGCGGUAGGAAUAUAUACAAUGGCAUGCAAAUUAAGAUUACGAAAAGUAAAUCUGAAAGAAAUACUGAGUGUGAGGACUCCAUCGCGAAUUACAACGUAAGUGAACUAUCAACUGACGAGUUUAAAACGGCACAGUAUGAGUUAACAGUACCAAAUAGUGUAGGGGGUAUUAUUUACCUUUGUUUACCACGCCAAGUUAAGGAAAGCAGUGAACUUAUUCCUCCCAGUUUAUUUAAAAGUGGGUUUUUAAAGUGGUAUCAUCAGGGACCUAAUGUAACUCUUAACUUAACCAGCAGCGAAAGUCGGAAGAAACUGUCUUUGCAAAGAAGACAAGUUCCCAGUGACCAAAACACUUUGCGUGUUAUGGGCAUCAGAUUGGAGGCGGCGUACAAGGAACCCGACUUCGACGACAAUGGUGUGCCAAUUCUUCUCGCCAGUCAGGAGCAUACCAUCCGUCUCUUUGGUGAGGGUUUCACGAGAGACAUGAUGAUCACGUUUACUACCGAUACCGGAAACUACAGCAUGCACUGUGCCUUGCCAGCUGUAAGGGGUUUUCCUAUCGAAAAGGAGGAUGUCUUCGUCAAUCACACUGUCAAGGUGAAAAUCAACCUGCCCCCAAUCCCCUUAGACACGGACGGGUUCUUCUUGUGCGUCAAACAAGGCAACUCGACCUCCUUGUUCAUUCACCAGGGCGCCGAAUAUUGGCUCCAAAUCAAAACCUACGAGAAACUUAUUCCAACGUGGGCCAGCAUUGUUAUCAUCAUAGUUUGCCUUUCGUUUUCUUCCCUCUUCUCUGGUCUUAACUUGGGGCUGAUGUCUAUGGAUAAGACCGAGCUGAAGAUAUUGUGCAAUACAGGAACAUCGAGAGAACGCAAGUUCGCGCAGACCAUCCAACCCGUAAGGGCCCACGGAAACUACCUGCUGUGCUCCAUCCUGUUGGGUAACGUCUUCGUCAAUUCCAUUUUCACCAUCCUCCUGGACGACCUCACGUCCGGCCUCAUAGCCGUCAUCUUCUCCACGUUGGCCAUCGUCAUGUUCGGCGAAAUCACACCGCAGGCCGUCUGCUCGCGCCACGGGUUGGCUAUCGGCGCCAGGACCAUCUGGAUCACCAAGUUCGUCAUGGUCCUCACCUUCCCCCUCUCUUAUCCCAUAGCUAAGUUCUUGGAUUGCGCGCUUGGCGAGGAAAUCGGUAACGUCUACACUAGGGAGCGUCUGAAGGAGCUGGUCAGGGUGACAACAGGUGAAAAUGACCUCGAUAAGGAUGAAGUGAACAUCAUCAGCGGAGCCUUGGAACUCCGCAAGAAAACUGUCUCAAACGUAAUGACGAGAAUAGAGGAUGUCUUCAUGUUGGACUACGAAACAGUUCUGGACUUCGAGACCGUAUCUGAAAUCAUGAAGAGCGGUUACUCGCGUAUCCCAGUAUACGAGGGCAAUCGCCAGAACAUCGUUACCAUGCUUUACAUCAAAGAUUUGGCGUUUGUUGAUCCCGACGACAACACCCCUUUGAAGACCCUGUGCCAGUUUUACCAAAAUCCUUGUAAUUUCGUUUUUGAGGACGUCACCUUAGAUGUGAUGUUCAAGAUAUUCAAAGAGGGCAACAAAGGACACAUGGCGUUUGUUCAUCGGGUUAAUAACGAAGGGGAGGGAGAUCCGUUCUAUGAGACUAUCGGGCUUAUAACUCUUGAGGACGUUAUUGAGGAGUUAAUCCAGGCUGAAAUUAUGGAUGAGACGGACGUUUUCACUGAUAACCGCUCUAAGAGGAGGAGGAUAGCCGAAAGGAGACAGGACUUCAGCGUUUUCGCUGAGAAGCGCGGGGAACCAAACAAAAUGAGAAUUAGCCCACAGUUAACUCUUGCCGCUUAUCAAUAUUUGAGUACAAGCGUUGAACCCUUCCAUCCCAAUGUGAUAUCUGAGACAAUCCUUCGACGCCUUCUUAAGCAAGACAUUGUGAUCCACAUAAAGAAGAAUAAGGACUGGCGUACGGACCCGACGAACGUCAUCUAUGACCAGGGCAAACCUGUCGAUUUCUUUGUCAUAAUAUUGGAGGGUCGUGUUGAGGUGACCGUGGGAAAAGAAAAUUUGAUGUUUGAAGGAGGCCCGUUCACCUAUUUCGGUACCCAAGCACUCGUUCAAACUGUAGGAAUUGAAUCGCCAUCAGUGGCGCCAUCUACCAUGGGAAGUCUAGAAUCAUUGAACAUAGAUUCGUUAUUGCGCCACACUUUCAUUCCCGAUUAUUCGGUUAGAGCCUCGACCGAAGUGUUAUACCUGAAAAUAAAGAGAAGUCUGUAUCUGGCUGCUAAAAGAGCCACUUUAAUGGAGAGAUCCAAGAAAGGCGAACACCAAACCGAACAGCAGUUCGAUGAGGAAGUAGACAAGCUGUUGCACUCGCUGGAUGAGGACGACGUGGUGAGCGACGGAAAACGGACCCCCAACAGGAAAUCUUCCAAGACCAAGUCGCAAGAGAUAAAGGACAACCUAUCCUUGCAGACCAGUCCGAAAACUCCCUCCCACUACAGCAAUACCAGCCCCCCUCACCGUCUGAGCGCCCGCGACAUCAACGGGUCUAUCAAGUCCAGUCCCGUGGACGACAUCCAGGUCAGCAGCAAGGACGAGGAGAUGUCGUUGCUGCCCAAACGUUCAUAACGUAAAUGUACUGGCUCUAGAAAUCUAGGGCCACUGUAUCUUGUACUUAAAUUAUUUAGUUUUUAAAAUACCCAGUUUUAAUCGGUCUGGAUGGUGGGGGUUCGAGGAAGGUCGUUGUAUUUUUGGCAUUUUCCCAGUUUAGUUUUUAGGUUUUCUUUUGCAACUUAUUUGUACGUUUUGCCGUUUACUCGCUCGAACCCGAUUAUCCAGACGGAACCAAUGCCCUUAUAAUAUAUUUGAGAUUUCUACAGUAACUAAGUUAAAACGAUGUUGCACACGUACCAGCAGAUUUAAUAAAUCACGACCUGGUAUGCUUAAUUUCUGUGUUAGUAGUGGUGUACGGGGUGUUCCGGAGCCGUGAGGAAAGAAUUCGGUGGUGAUUCUACUCGUUCGGUAAAACUCGUUAUUGACCGUGUUACAUAACCUCUGCAACUCCGCCAUUUUUGGUCUGAUUAUCGAAAACAAAAGAUUGACGUUAAUCGUUCUGAAAAUACUACAUACUGACACUAUCAUUUGUUUUCAGUGCCUCCUUAGUGAUAGACAAUUGUUUUUUUUUUAAUAGAAUAUGAUAUAUGCCUGUAGAUACAAAUUUUUUUCACUGAAUUCGACAUGUUAUAACUAGAUUUUUAGGAAAAAUUUAUGGGAAAAAUACACAAAUAUUAAUUCCAGCACUUCAACAAAAAUAUCAAAAGUGCCAUGAAACAAUCGGCUCAUGGAUACAAAUGUCAUUCAAGGUAAGAAACACAUUAUUACAUCACACUCCAAUAUAUUUCUGUUGUGUUUUUAGCAUUUACAUGAAACGUAAUUUUGCGAAAUCAAUAAAAAAAUAUAUUUAUCCACUUCAUCGGGUUUUUUGUCAUUUUUAUAAUAAUAAAUUCAUGUAUAGUUUAGAAGCAGUGUUGUCAAGUUUAUAUUUCUAUUAUCCAAUUGUUUCCAUAGCACAUCUGAUAAUUUAAUUUGAGGUUAUGUAAAAUACCGUUUAAAAGAAAUAACUGGAGUUAUGUAAGUGUUAAUUUCGAAUUCUUGGAAGUGUCAAAGGAAUUUGUGUCGUGUAGAAUCGCCCGCUGAAUUUUUUGUAGCAGUUUGCCGACGCCCCGUACAAUGAUUAUGAUUUUUAUUUAGUCGAAGUGGCAGACGUUACAUAACCAUGUUGGGGCGAAGUUGCCCUCGGGAUGUUUUUACAUUCUUUUUAGUGCCUUAUUUUAAGACAAAAAAAAAUGUACUUAAUUUUUGAAGGUCUCGUCGGAAAUAUGCCUACCAGGUGUCUUUAUAGUCGUGUUGUGUUACAUGUUACAUUUUUACAAAGAAAUCAGAGUUUCCUUAGAUUUGACGUUUAAUAAUGUCGAUUAUUUAUGAGAUAGAUGUAGAUACCCAGUAAACAUCGAUUUUUAUAGGUCAGGUUCCUCAGGUCGAAAAAAGUUCACUUUUGAUUAAUGUUCAAAUCAUUAUGGUUGUUUGCUUAAUUAUAAAUUAUACGCAUGAAGUGGCGAUUUUACAAGUUUUCAGGAAUUCGUGUGGUUUGGGAUCAGUGACGGUUAUUUUAGCGAAUGUUUGUCUUUCUACUUUUCUAAAAAUGUCGCAAAAAAUUUCUAAACGUAGAUUUAAUUCCCCCUAAAUUUUUUCAUUGCUAUUAUAAUGGCUACACGUUUGAGGAAAGACAACUUCUUGAUCUUGACAACUUUUUUGUGCAUCUUUAACGCUGGAUGGUAUUGAUCGUAAUCCGACUUGAAGAAUGCUCGCAUUUUCUAAGUGGUUCUAAUAAAACUAUAACUGCAGGUAGAAUAGGACUAUCGGUACUGAUCAGUGCCAGGAAACAUAAAAUAAAUGAGUAUUAAAAAAAAUUUAAACUGUUCGUGUCUCAAAGACGAAGUAUUUUCGAAUUUACGUUCAUGUUUCUGUAAUUUUGUUGCCAGGAUACUGCUACGCCCUGUAUUAAUUUGGGCAAAAUUUUGUAAAACGGACCUCAAUCAAUUUUAUUUCAACUAUAAUUCUUAAUUGUAACGAAAAUCAAUUGGGGGGAAGAGUAUUAAUCGAACGUUACAAAAGAACCAUACAUUUUUUAUAUUUUUAUUCAGGGUUGAGCUGUAUUGGUGUAAAUUUAAACUCGUUGAAGUAAUUGUAUUCAAAUAUUAUGUCAUAAAUUUUGGAAUUAGACGUUUUUAAUUCAGAAUCCUGCUUAAGUUUUUCUGCAACCAGUUACUUUAAGGUUAAAGGUAAGGUAAUUAAAACAAUUCUAAAAAAAUUCCUGAACUGUCUUUAAUGAAGAUGUGUACAGGGUCGGAAAGUCCCCAUGGUUCAUCGGCCGUUACGUGAGAGCGAUAAAGAAAGUCAUAGA